CUACCAUUUAUCGGCAACAUCUACUCCCUGGCGGCCGCGGCCGAGCUGCCCCAUGUCUACAUGAGACAGCAGAGCCAGGUGUACGGCGAGAUCUUCAGCUUAGAUCUUGGAGGCAUAUCAACUGUGGUUCUAAACGGCUAUGAUGUAGUAAAAGAAUGCCUUGCUCAUCAAAGUGAAAUUUUUGCAGACAGGCCAUGUCUUCCUUUAUUCAUGAAGAUGACAAAAAUGGGAGGCUUACUCAAUUCCAGAUAUGGCCGAGGAUGGGUUGAUCACAGAAAAUUAGCUGUCAACAGCUUCCGCUAUUUUGGAUAUGGCCAAAAGUCUUUUGAAUCUAAAAUCUUAGAAGAAACCAAAUUUUUCAUAGAUGCUGUUGAAACUUACAAAGGUAGACCUUUUGACUUUAAACAACUAAUAACGAAUGCUGUUUCAAACAUAACCAAUAUGAUCAUUUUUGGAGAACGGUUCACUUACGAAGACACUGAUUUUCAGCACAUGAUUGAGUUAUUUAGUGAGAAUGUGGAACUGGCUGCCAGUGCCUCGGUUUUCCUGUAUAACGCCUUUCCAUGGAUUGGCAUCUUACCUUUUGGAAAACAUCAACAGCUCUUCAGAAAUGCAGCUGUGGUCUAUGAUUUUCUCUCCAGACUUAUCAAAAAAGCUUCCGUUAACAGAAAACCUCAGUUACCUCAGCAUUUUGUUGAUGCUUAUUUAGACGAGAUGGAUCAAAGUAAAAAUGACCCAUCAUCUACUUUCUCUGAAGAAAACCUGAUUUUCUCAGUGGGUGAGCUCAUCAUUGCCGGAACGGAAACUACAACCAAUGUGCUACGGUGGGCAAUUCUUCUCAUGGCACUCUAUCCGAACAUUCAAGGACAAGUUCAGAAAGAGAUUGAUUUAAUUACAGGCCCUGGUGGGAAGCCUUCUUGGGAUGACAAAUGCAAAAUGCCUUAUACUGAGGCAGUUUUGCAUGAAGUUUUAAGAUUCUGUAAUAUAGUUCCAUUAGGGAUUUUCCAUGCAACCUCUGAAGAUGCAGUCGUGCGUGGUUAUUCCAUUCCCAAAGGUACAACGGUCAUUACAAAUCUUUAUUCUGUGCACUUUGAUGAAAAGUACUGGAGAGACCCAGAAGUGUUCUAUCCUGAACGAUUUCUGGACAGCACUGGAUGUUUUGCCAAAAAGGAAGCUUUGGUUCCUUUUUCCCUAGGGAGAAGACAUUGUCUUGGAGAACAGGUGGCCCGAAUGGAAAUGUUCUUGUUUUUUACAUCAUUGCUUCAGAGGUUUCAUUUGCAUUUUCCACACGAACUAGUUCCAAGUCUGAAGCCUAGGCUAGGCAUGACAUUGCAGCCCCAGCCCUACCUCAUCUGUGCUGAAAGACGCUGAGAGUGCAUGGCUGUUUUGGAGGACAAUGUUGUAUGUUUGCCUCACUCUGGAAUCUGCUUAAUCUAAUCACUGUGUGUAUUUGAACAAAAGUCACAGAAUCCAUGUCAGAUGGACACAGAUGUUUCUUUAAAAAUAAUGUUUGACCAAUAACAAGUAUUAAUUGUGAUUUUAUUUUUCCCAAGCUUCUAUGACUUCUAAGAAUUCUAUGUUGAAGAACAUAAAGGUGCAAAUGACAAACAGGUGUUUAAAAUGCUAAGAAGGGGGACCAGCAGGUGGUGUGGUGGUGAAGGCACUGGACUCCCA